ACUAGUCCGCAGCAACCCCACUUUCGAACACUCCUUUUUCAUCAAGUGGAGAUGAGAUAAGAUAAUUGACUAGAUAGAAACUUCUUGCAUAAAGUUCUUGCAUCUUUCUCCAUUGAUUUCCAUUGGUAAAAUCAUGCCAGAGACAAUGGAAAAAGUUGAACAAAAAAUCCCUGAAAUAGUAGUGUUAAAUUCAGGCCACAAAAUGCCAGUGGUGGGCUUAGGAUGUGCCGCACAUCCUUUGCCACCAUUAGAGCAAUUAGUAUCAACUUUUAUUGAUGCAAUGGAGAUUGGAUACAGGCAUUUCGAUACAGCAGCAUGCUAUGGCACAGAGGAGGCCCUUGGUAGAGCUGUGGCUAAAGCACUAGAGAUUGGAUUAAUUAAGAGCAGGGAUGAAUUGUUCAUCACUUCUAAACUUUGGUGUACUGAUGCUGAUCAUGACCUUGUUCUGCCUGCCCUCAAACAAACUCUUGGGAAGUUGGGGCUAGAGCAUUUGGAUCUUUAUUUGGUUCACUGGCCAGUGAGGGUAAAGCACGGUGCUGAGAAGUUCAAUUUCGCCAAAGAUGAAAUUCUCCCUUUUGAUAUCCAUGGAACGUGGCAGGCCAUGGAAGAAUGCACCAAAUUAGGUUUGACAAAGUCCAUCGGUCUGAGCAACUUCACUUGUGAGAAAAUCUGUAAACUUCUAGAAAUUGCUACCAUCCCCCCAGCAGUUAAUCAGGUGGAGAUGAAUGUUGGUUGGCAGCAGAGAAAAUUGGUGCCAUUUGCAAAAGAGAGAGGGAUUCGUACAUGUGCUUGGUCUCCUCUUGCAUCCUAUGGUGGUCUUUGGGGCCACAAUGCAGUCAUGGAGAAUCCAGUGAUCAAAGAUAUUGCUGCCUCAAAAAGCAAGUCCGUGGCACAGGUUGCUUUGCGAUGGAUAUAUCAGCAAGGAGCAAGCUUUGUUGUGAAGAGCUUCAACAAGGAAAGGAUGAAACAAAACCUCCAAAUAUUUGAUUGGGAACUCACCAAGGAAGAAAUGGAUCAAAUUCUGCAGAUUCCUCAGCGGAGAGGCUUUGCUGGGGAAGUGUUUGUUCAUCCAGCCGGGCCAUACAAAUCGGUCGAGGAACUUUGGGAUGGCGACACCUGAAUUUAUCGUAGUUUUAUUGGAGUCAAGUUUUUAGUAGUUGUGUUACUUAGAAGUACGUAUUUUGUUUGGUGAUUGUUGAUGUAAGUCUGGUAGGUUAUAAACAGGAUAUUAGUUUAGAGUAUUUUCUUAAUGGAGUCCUAAAGAGUCUAUAAGGUUAUACUGUAGCGUGAUGUACAAGUCCUAAACUCCCAGCUUUGCUUAGUGUUCAACAUCUUGCAGAGGGUACUGCUACAGAAAGUAA